CAUUAGUCCGCCAGUUUAUUCUGAAUGAGGACUUCUGUUGCAAUUCUUACAGGUCGUCAGAAAAAACCCGAAACCUCCUUUGGGGGCGCAAGGUCUGAUCUCGGGCAACAUCCUGUGAUCUGAGAGCUGAGCAGAACCCGGGGUUCCCCGGCCGCCCUUCCCCGUAAGCGGUGCAGCGGAACCCGGGAGACCCCGCGGCCCGGGGAAAGAGCCAGCGGUGUGCAGUGGUGGGAGGCUGGAGCCCGCUGAGGUCAUUUCCUGUGCCUCUCUGCGAGCGCACCCUUCUAGAAGCGGGCGGGGGAGGAGGAGCCCAGCCGAGCGUUGAAUGGGGCUCAGCGAGGCGCGGCGAGGCUUUGUGCGGCCAGCCCGCCGGCGCCCCUCCCGGUCCCGCCCCGGCCCGGCCCCGCCCACCGCGACCACUCCUCCCGGGGAGCCGACUCCGGCGAGAUCCAAGCAAGGUCAGCGGCGGACGCGCGCGGAGGCGCCCGGGUGAGGUGAGCGCGGCAGCGGAGAGCCCGCGAGCUCGCGGGGGAGGGAUCCUUGGACUGUCCUGAAGUUGAUUCCAUCAUGGCAGAACUCAAGGUGGAGACCCGGACCAGCAUGGACUGGCAAAAGCGGUGCUUGUCCCUGGAAACACAGCUCUUCCGGUUCCGCCAACAGGCCAGUAAGAUACGGGAACUACUGGCUGACAAGAUGCAAGAGCUGGAGCAGAGGCUAUUGGAAGCAGAACAGAGAGCAGAGAACGCAGAGACCCAGGUGGGUGUGAUGGAAGAGAAGGUGAAACUGUCUAAUCUGAAGAACGUGGACUCUGCAGACAGCCUGCACCGGAAGUACCAGGAACUGCUGAAAACUUUGCAGGACAAAGACAAGCUUAUCCACCAGCUGGAGGCACAGCUGGAAAAACAGAAGCAGAUGAGAGCUGAGGAAGCAAAAGGUGUUCAAGAAAAAGCUGCAAAGAUUAAGGAAUGGGUGACUCUAAAGCUAGCAGAGCUUGAGACUGAGAAUCACCACCUGAAAAGCUGUAAUCAGCGCCUGAUAGAGCAGAUGGGGGCCCUUCAAGAUGCACUAGAAGCUCUUCAGAUGGCACCUUCAGGAGACCUACUGGUGAAUCACCAGGGAACUCCAGAGCAGGAGUCUCCACCUUCAGAGCCAGGACCCCAGCCAGUGUGGCAGGACAGUGUUUCUAAGCUCCAGGCUGCACUGCAGGCAGUCAUGCCAGCACCAUCUCCUGGCAGUUUGCACAGCAAGGACUGUGGCUUUAAAGCAGAUGGUCCCUCAGAAGAUUCUAGUUCCAGCCUUAUCUGCCCAGGGGAAAUUGAGGCCAAGACCAUCCCACCUCAUCUGGGAAGAGAGGGUUCUCCUGGCCAGCUUUGUGUGAAGCCUCCAGUGCCCAGACAUGGCUCAGCUUCCUGGGGUGAGGGCCUGGCCCCUGGUCAGGGAGGUACACUCCCUGGGACAAAGGCCUGUGCAAGGGAUGGUCGCCCCGGCAGCAGCCUGACCCUGCCGAAGGUGUGGGCUCCUGGCACCCGCCAGGACAGCAUCCGGCUAGCCAAACGGCACCACAGCCAACCCCAGGUGGGCCCUGGGGGCUUUGACUUUAGAGUGAUUGUUGAGGCUGGGACCCUUCCAGCCUUCCACCCCUCCAGCCUUCCCAAGGUGGAGGCUCCAGCUGAGCUGCGUGAGGAACCCGAGAAGAUGGAGAUGGAGGAGCCAUCAACCGCAGGGAAGAGAGCGGAAAGAGAGAGCUCAAAGGCCCCAGGCCCUGAGCUGGAAGUGGACUUGGAGAUCAAACCACCUACACCCCCACUGCACCGAUUUCCAUCCUGGGAAAGCCGAAUAUAUGCUGUGGCCACAUCAGGCAUGAGGCUGUCAGAUGUGUCUCCCAGAAGCAACACCACCUAUAGCUCCUCAAGUCUUCCAGCCUCAGGCCUUGCUGCUUCAAGCCCUCCUGCCCUCGGAUCUCCUGGGGGGCCUUUCUCUGGCCUUGUCUACAAGAACCUCACCGUGCCAGUCUACACAUCCCUGAAGGGGAGAGCCACGCAGAUCAGCAGUGUCCCCUUCGCCGAUGAGUCCUCGGGCUCUGAGGACGACUGCAGCUCGCAGGCCAGCUUCCGGAUGUCCAUCCUCAGCCCUGAGUCCAGGAGGACCAGUGGACUGGGCAGCCCUCGGGCCUUCAAGAGAGGUGUCUCCAUGUCCUCACUGAGCUCCGAGGGUGACUAUGCCAUCCCUCCCGAUGCCUGCUCCCUGGACAGCGACUACUCCGAGCCUGAGCACAAACUGCAGCGCACCUCGUCCUACUCCACUGACGGGCUGGGCCUGGGCAGGGAAUCCCUGGAGAAGUCUGGCUACCUGUUGAAAAUGGGAAGUCGAGUGAAGACAUGGAAACGCCGCUGGUUUGUCCUGAGACAGGGACAGAUUAUGUACUACAAGUCACCGAACGAUGUCAUCCGGAAACCUCAAGGUCAAAUGGAACUGAAUUCCCAUUGCCAGAUUGUUCGAGGGGAGGAUGCCCAGACAUUCCAGCUGAUCUCUGAAAAGAAAACCUAUUACCUGACGGCUGACUCGCCUAACCUGCUAGAGGAGUGGAUCCGAAUACUGCAGAGCCUAGUGAAGGUCCAGGCCAUGAGGCCUCCAGCCCUGCCUCAGGGAGGAGCCAAGCCCACUGUGAAGGGCUGGCUGACCAAGGUAAAGCAUGGCCACUCCAAGCUGGUCUGGUGUGCUCUCGUUGGGAGAACUUUCUAUUACUAUCGGAGCUAUGAGGACAAGAGACCGCUGGGUCGCCUGCCUGUGCGGGAUGCACGCAUCGAGGAAGUCGAUCGAUCCUGCGACUCAGAUGAGGACUAUGAGGCUGCAGGGACCAGGCGGCUGCUGUCCUCCCACUGCACUCUGGUGAUACACCCUCCAGAACGCAGCCCCACCUACCUCCUCAUUGGCACCAAGCAUGAGAAGGAUACGUGGCUUUACCACCUCACGGUUGCUGCGGGUGGCAGCAGUGCCAAGGUGGGCACUGCCUACGAGCAGCUCAUUGGAAAACUGAUGGAUGGUGAGGGGGACCCAGAUUCCCCACUGUGGAAGCACCCUAUGCUGUGCUACAGCAAAGACGGGCUAUUCACCUCACUCACCACGCUGCCCUCUGAGGCCCUGCAGACGGAAGCUCUCAAACUCUUCAAGUCGUGCCAGCUCUUCAUCAAUGUGCCCGUGGAGGCUGCUUCAGUGGACUACCAUGUGUCCCUGGCCCAGACGGCGCUGCAGGUCUGCCUGGUCCACCCUGAGCUGCAGAGUGAGAUUUACUGCCAACUCAUGAAGCAGACCAGCUGCCGUCCCCCUCAGAAGUACUCCCUGGUACAGUGCUGGCAGCUUCUGGCUCUGUGUGCCCCACUUUUCCUGCCUCAGCACCAUGUCCUCUGGUACAUCAAACAGCAGCUCCAGCGCCAUGCAGACCCUAGAAACGAAACUGGUCAGUAUGCCACCUACUGCCAGCGGGCAGUGGAGCGGACCCUGCAGACUGGGGAGCGGGAAGCCAGACCAUCGCGCAUGGAGGUCGUGUCCAUCUUGCUGCGGAACCCCUUCCACCACUCCCUGCCCUUCAGCAUCCCCGUGCACUUCACCAAUGGGACCUACCAAGUGGUGGGCUUUGACGGCUCCUCCACAGUGGAUGAGUUCCUGCAGCGGCUCAACCAGGAGACAGGCAUGAGGAAGACUUCCCACUCUGGCUUUGCCCUCUUCAUGGACGAUCCUUCCGGCCGGGACCUGGAACACUGCCUGCAGGGGAGUGUCAAGAUCUGUGAUGCCAUCUCCAAGUGGGAACAAGCCCUGAAGGAGCUACACUCUGGGAAGUCCGAGGGCGGCAGCCGUGUUGUGAAGCUGUUAUACAAGAACAGGCUGUACUUUCGGAGUCAAGUCAAAGGUGAGACAGAGCGAGAGCGGCUGCUGCUGGCCUCCCAGACAAGCGGAGAGAUCGUGUUGGGGAGGUUCCCUGUCAACAAAGAGCUGGCUCUGGAGAUGGCUGCCCUGAUGGCUCAGGUAGAAUAUGGGGACCUGGAGAGGCCCAACCCUCCGGGUCCUGGGGGCACUCCCCCUACCAAGGCUCAACAUCAUGUUCAGCAGGUCCUCGACAGGUUCUAUCCAAGGCGCUACAGACACGGAGCACCCAUUGAACAGCUGAGGCUCCUGACAGACCUGCUGACCACAAAGUGGGCAGCACUGCAAGGCUGCUCUCCUCCUGAGUGUGUCCGCAUCUUUCUGACGGUAGCCCGGAAAUGGACUUUCUUUGGUGCUAAGCUCUUUGCUGCUCAGACUGCCCAGCUGUCUUCCAAGAACAUUCUGGUGUGGAUUGCUGUGAAUGAGGAUGGUGUCAGCAUCCUAGACCACAACACCAUGCAAGUGCACGUCACCUACCCUUACUCUUCAGUGAUGACCUUUGGUGGCUGCCGGGAUGACUUCAUGCUUGUGAUUAGAUCUGUUCCAGACCAGAACUCUGGGAAAGGUCACAUUGAGAAGUUGAUCUUCCGGAUGGCUGCUCCCAAGAUCGCAGAGGCAACCUUCGUCAUGGCCAGCUACAUGAACCACUGCUCUGCAGCUGUGAAUAAACCUUCCCACCCUCCUGCUGCCCACCAGCUGUGGGAACUAGAUGGACGGCAGUUCUUUGCUCCUAUCCCAAGUGCUGCUAACAGGCCAGCGUUGCUGUGAACAUUUCUCCUACCCCACCGCCCACCAUCACCCGGAUGGAUUGCCUCUAGGAUUAGGGUCCUAGAAUAUGAUACUACUGUGAUGGGCCUCACAGCCCUACAUCCCCUGCCCCCGACAGAGGCCCCAGUUUGUUCUGUGAAUUGUGUUAUUUCAGUGUCCACCAAGCCUUUGCUCUCUAGGUGCCUUAUUGUGGUUCAGGGCCCAAUGUUAAGAAAUUCCAAACCCUGUGUAGAAACCACUCUUCCCUUCACAGGAAUGCUGAGCUUUUGGAUACUGUCUGGUUCUAGAUACAAAUAGGGAUGGUCCACAGCUCCGGAGGGGUCUAAGUGUUAUAAGCCAGGGUUUUCUGAACAGAUACUCUCAGGAUGGCUGAUGUUUUUUUUUUUAUAUUAUGUACAGUCCUUCGUGGGGAUUUAUACUUGAAGUUUUCCCAACAUCCCUGACCAGGAUAGGACUUAAGUGUGUAAUUCACUUGAACUCUUUAACAAAAGCCUAGAAAUCCCGAAAACUGGACUUUCUUUCCUAGGUAAGAAAGGUUACUGGCAGGACUGGAAAAACACUCACCUUUCUCCUUUCUCAGUGGUAUUAACAAUGCCCCUUCUGGGGUGGCAGCGCCUGUCUGUGCAGAAUAAGGCACUUUGCCUGCUGAGAUUGAAGCUGAUCUCCCUCACACUGGACUGAAAGCCCAACUGGGUCCCACAUACUAUCUCAGCAAGGCCAAGGCCAACUCCCCCUCCCCCAUUCUCAUUUCAAUGACUAGAUAGCACAGUCGAGGUUGUGCUCACUACUGUAGGACAAGGUGGUUGUCACUUGUUCCCCACCCUUUGAAAGACCAAGCAAAUGCACUCCAUCAUUUGCUGCUCUGUGAAGCCACUGAAAAUGAAACACAAGACUCCCCUUGGGCUUGUAGGCCUGGACUGGGUCAAGAUGACUUCUGGCAAAGUUCUGCUAGAAAUUAGCUCAGGGUGGGAAGGGGAUGUAUUUGGUAGCCAUUUAGACUAAGAAUAUCCAGUGAAAGAUAUUGAAGAUU